AUGCCACGAUCGGCCUGGCACCCAAGUGGAGAGAUCAAGAUUCCAGAGCGUCAAUCACUACAAGUACCCACAGAGGAAACAACAGUGCGCCGACGAACAAUCGUCACAGCAUCAACCUCUACCACAACAGGGAUGCCAAAGCCCUAUGACACUCUCUCGUAUAACUUCGCCAACGAAAGUACCUGCAUCAACUUCUUCGCGAAAUGGCGCGCAAACACAACAAUCUCAAACUGCAACGCCAUCUCCCUUCUGAUCGAGAACUCCAACGCCUUCUUCCACACCCUCAGUUCAGCGUCCGCAACAUCCCGCAUCCUGGAUACAUCCUGCUCGGCGAAUGUCACACAAUGCGCGUCCAUCAUGACCGCCCUUGCAGCCGAUCUUGUCAAACCUGAAAACUGCGGCGACGACUAUGAAAACGGGAACUCUGUCGUCAAGGGCAUGUAUCGCGAUCUGGUCGCUUACGAACCAGUGUAUCGCGCCACUUGUCUCACAAACCCAUCUACCAAGGACUACUGCUUCGUCGACGCGGUGGCAAAUUCCACAGCACCCGAUGAUUACAACGUUUACCUUUUGCCCCUUGGUACCCCGCUUACCGUCGGAGUUGUGCCGACUUGUAAUAGGUGCUUAAAGGUGACGAUGGAUCUCUUUUCGGGGUGGGCGAGACGGAAUGGGCAGUCUCUUGAUUCGACUUAUCUCCCCUCGGCGAAGAUUGUCAAUGCCAAUUGUGGUGAUGAUUUUGUGUCGACUAAUAUCACUGUUGGAUCGGCGGAUGUCAUGGCUGGGGCGGGUCUUGCCGUCCCCUUGCCUAAAUUUGGAAUUGUCUCUGUCGUGGCCUUGGCUCUUGGUGUCAUGCUGACAGAUGUCUUUUGA